AUGAACAACCGUCAUCUGCCGGCUGGGCAGCCCACCGGGGGAGGAGGCGCAGGAGGCCCUGGAGUAGACAUGGGACCGGGACCUGGCCCCGGUGGCGGCGGUCCGAGGCGCGGCGGCGGAAGGGCUCACUAUUCGGCGCAUUACCAACAGCACCAGCACCAGCAUCAGCAUGCGCACCAGCAUCACCAGCCCCAGCACGCCCACCAGCCGCCGCACAUGUAUGGCAACUACAUGAGCCCCUACAACGCAGGCCCCUAUGGCUACGCCCCUCCGAUGCCUCCGCAGAUGUACUACCAGAAUGGCAUGUCGAAUGGAUACAGCAUGCCUCACCCCGGCCAAUAUACGAGAUCCCCUCCACCGGUCCAAUACGUCCCUAUGAUGCCCGGUGCCAUGCAGCCGCAGCCCUACUCGAGGCCGCCCCAGCAGUCGCCCGUCAUCGUUUCGACACCCGCCUACCAGCCUCCUCCUCCUAUCCAGCACUCGCCGGCUGUUGCCUCGCAUCCAUUCCCUGUCCCGCCGUACCAUGCUCCGACCCAGGGUGGCCACAUACCCCUUCCUCCCCCGACUCCCACGUCCACACACUCCUCCCAGGUUUUUGCACCACCUGCGCCCGCCAGCCCGCCGCAGCCAGUCCAGAGCAUCCCUGCCGAGGUUCCGGUUGCCAGCGAGCCUGCGCCUGCUGUGGUACUGGAGACAAAGGUUGAAGAACCGCAGGAGCCUUUCCGGCCUCCGCUUCCUUGGCUCUCCCGGCCCGACCUUCCCUUCCCUAAGAAGUCAGUCAAAUCGCGCAGGAGGAGGAGAGUCAUCGCUGCGGACGCCGACGAUGUGGAGCUGCCUGUCAAGGCACAAGAGCCCGCACCAGAGGCUGUGCCCGAGGGUGCUGCGGUGACUGCGGAUCGUGGUACCGAGCGUGCAGAGACGCCCUCGACCCACGAUCGCUCAGACCUGCCCUCGACCACUCCCACAACUCCGAGCUCGGUACAGCAUGCUCAGCCUGCUGCCGUCGCAACACCUACGCAGACAAAGCCAAGCGGUACUCAACGCCCAGCCGUCCCGGCCAUCCCCCUUGUGCCUGCUGUUCCGGCUAUUAGCCCGAAGGACACCAAGUCAGCAACCAGGCCGGCCCCUGCUGCAGAAGACUCGGCAGCUGCAGCAGCUUCUCAGUCUGACGAUAACACCGCCUCGACUAUCACUGCGGGCCAGGAAGACACGGAGCCCACUGUGGCCAAACCUUCCGCUCCAGCCCCUCCCAAACUUUGGACAAACCUUUUUGCCAAGACUGCCCCUCGGACGGCAUCUACCGAUGCUGCUCCCGGUGGUCCGAACGGAGUUUCCAGCGGUGGUGCCGACAACAGCAGCCCUGCCUCUGCGGGGUUUGCCCAGUCCAAAGCCAACUCCAUGGGCGAUGCGCUUCGCGCCUACCGCGUUGACGGCGCGGAUAAGAUCCACUUCCUGGAGCCUCGGGGGCUGAGCAACAUCGGACAGAUCUGCUACCUGAACUCGGUUCUCCAGGUUCUUCUCUACUGCCAGCCUUUCUAUGACUUUUUGGACCAGGCCAGCCGCAAGGCCGCUCACAGCUUCAAGAGUGACACGCCUGUCCUGGAUGCGAUGAUUAUGUUUAUGCGUGAGUUCAAAGUGACCGCCUCUGCUGAGUCGACGGAGCAGCUGUGUAAGCGCCUCAAGAAGGAGGAUAUGGAGCACUAUGGGGAUUCUUUCAGCCCCGAGUUCGUAUACGAUGCGUUCAAGACUAUCAAGCGUUUCGAUGCCAUGAAGCGUGGUCACCAGCAGGAUGCUCAAGAGUUCCUGGGCUUCAUCCUCGAGUCCCUACACGAGGAAUGCUGCCGCGCCAUGGGCGUCCCUACAACGUCGGUGGACGAUGGCAGCACCACGGGUCAAGUCGUCGGUAGCUCAGAGUCUGAUGCGGCCAAGUCGUGGCAGGAAGUCGGCCCUCGUCAGACCAGCGCUACUGUGCGACCUUCUUCCAUCAUCUACACCCAGUCCCCCAUCACCAAGAUCUUCUUUGGGGCGUUCAGAAAUGAACUGCGCCACCCUGGCAACGUCUCAGUCACGCCUCAGCCGUACAACACGGUGCAGCUCGACAUUGACCUGCCUCAGGUCCGCAACAUCGUCGAUGCCAUUCGCAACAUCAUCAAGCCCGAGACCGUCAGCGGGACCUUUGAGGCGCAUGGACGGGUCUCCAACACAGCCACCAAGCAGCAGCUCUUCGAGACGCUGCCGCCCAUCCUCAUGAUCCAGCUGAAGCGCUUCCAGUACGAUGAGGUCCACGGCACAACCAAGAUCUGGAAGAAGGUUGGCUACCCUCUUGAUCUCGAGAUCCCCGUCGAGGCGCUCUCGCGCCCCAAGAGGAACCAGAUCAACUCGGAGGGCACCGGACUUCCUCAGUACAAGCUCAUCGCCGUUGUCUACCAUCAUGGCAAGAAUGCUAGUGUCGGCCACUACACGGCGGAUGUGCGGCGACAGGACGGUCGCGAGUGGAUCCGCAUGGAUGACACUGUCAUCCGCCGGGUGCGCAGCGAGGACGUCAUUGAGGGUGGCGGCGAAGAGGAGCCGACCCGGGCUCAGGAGCUGGCGAGGAAGGAGAACGGCACCGGCACCAGCACUAGGUCCAGCUCGGCCAACCGCUUCGCAGCUAUGGGCGAUGAGGACUCUGGCGACAACGAGGGCGGCUGGAACACAGUCUCGUCUUCUCCUGGAAGCGCAAAGAAGACCGGCAGCAGCGGUGUCAACGGCAAUGCUGCCAACAAGCCGCGCUCCAAGCAAGUCAAGGAGAGCGUCAAGGACAACAAGGUGGCCUAUCUGCUGUUCUACCAGAGGGUCUAG